UGGCAACACUGUUGCACGUCUGACAGCUGUCAAUUUCACAACAUUUUACUUUUACAACCGUGACUGUAUCAAACAAUUUGAAAAUUCAGGACUUCAAUUUAAUGCAAACAAAUUAUGGCCCAAUUGUGUAACGAAAAUAUUGCCAUCAAAGAUAUUCGAAACGGUCUGAAGAACAUCAACGUAGUCUUCAUCGUAUUAGAAGUAGGUCCUGCAACUGUAACCAAAGAGAACCGUGAAGUACGCACAUUUAAAGUCGGCGACCCUACCGCUUCAAUCAAUGUGAGCGUAUGGGAUGAACCGGGAAAGCUGCUGGUACCCGGAGAUAUUGUUCGUCUAACCAAAGGCUAUGCAUCAGUCUGGAGAUCUUGUUUGACGUUAUAUUCGGGAAAGAAUGGUGACAUUCACCGAAUUGGUGAUUUUUGUAUGAAUUUCAACGAACAACUGAACAUGAGUGAGCCGAACGUCAAUUUACAAAUAAAUCCAAUGGGGCCGGGGAUGACAAUGAACAAUGGCACACAGGGAAAUAGUAACAAUAAUGGUGGUCCAAUGCGUGGUGGUCCGCCUGUGUCAGUCAGUCAACCGAGUACCGUUGGGAAUGUUCAGACGAAGAGUGGAGUCGGAACAUUUCCAGGCAGAGAUACACAAAAAACUGGCAGUUCAUCGUCGUCGUCCUCCGGUGCGAAUACUGGAAAAAGUAAUCAAAGAGGAGGGCGUGGAAAUCAGACUAGGAGCAAUGUUAAAAGUGAUCGAAGAUAAUUGGAUUUUGGGAUUGUUUUUAACAUUGAACAUUGGGAGUGAUUUCGAUGAUGAUGGCAGCCAUACAACUACUGCAUCAUCCGCUAAUUAUCGUGGAAAAAUAAAUUUAUUUCAAAGACAAUGUCGAGAUGU